GUUGGUUGGUGGAGUUUAUCACUUGUUUGCUUUCUGUUUUGAGGCAGACCGUCACCAUGUCACAUUCUACUCCACUCUCAAAACCCUGCUGAACUUAGGUUCUGGCAAAUCUCUUCCCUCAGUCAUAGCCUGUGGGGUAGCCUGGACUAUUGGUACACAUUAGAGCAGGCAUUUUUGUUUAGUUGGUUGGUUGGGAAUCUUUGGCAGAUAUGAUAGGUAACUAACGCCCCAUAGGAAAGUUAAUGUGUUACUCCAGAUUCCUCUCCUAGCAAGUAUGACACAGCGUUGAUGGGCUGUGUCGCCACCAUGAGAGACAGAGCAGCUAACAUGUGGGUUCUGGCAAGCACUGAGCACAAACUGUAUCAUCAUAGCCAAGAAGUGCCUGGACAUAUUUAUUCAGUGACCUCUCGUUAGCAGACUUGUGGAUACUAAUCAAAUUGUUGAAUUGAUUGUAAGCUUGCUUCAUUCAGUCCACAAGGGAGGGGCUUCAUCUUCUCCGUAGGCAAACUCUAUGUUUCCAUUCUGUGCCAGGCUGGGGCCUUGGCAACCUUAUGACCUCAGUUCCUGGAACAGCUUAGAUCAGGGUAUCUCAAGAAUUUUACUCCAGUAAAUUCUUUGUUCUUUGGAGGUGCCUGGCAGUAUCCUAGCCUCAGACACAUGGAUGUCAUGGCCAUCCUCCUCCUUCUGCAUCACCACCACUGGAACAGACAAAGCUGUCUUCAGACACUGCCCCUUGUCCUUGGGAUGAUACCAUUACCUCAAGCUGAGGAAGUGGAAAGGCUGGCGGCCAUGCGCUCUGACUCGUUGGUCCCAGGUACGCACACCCCGCCCAUCCGGAGGAGGAGUAAGUUUGCCAACCUGGGAAGGAUUUUCAAGCCUUGGAAAUGGAGGAAGAAGAAAAGCGAAAAGUUCAAGCACACGUCAGCAGCUCUGGAAAGGAAGAUAUCGAUGAGGCAGAGCAGAGAGGAGCUGAUCAAGCGAGGGGUCUUGAAGGAGAUCUACGAUAAAGAUGGAGAGCUCUCCAUAUCAAAUGAAGAUGACUCCCUCACAAACGGCCAGUCCCUGAGCUCCAGCCAGCUCUCUUUGCCUGCUCUGUCGGAAAUGGAGCCUGUCCCAAUGCCCAGGGACCCCUGCUCAUAUGAGGUGCUCCAAGCUUCAGACAUUAUGGAUGGACCAGUGUCUGAAGAGAGUCCCUCUGCCAGUGAGUCUGGAGUCCUCCUGUCCCAAGAUCCUUCAGCCAAACCAGUUCUGUUCCUGCCCCCCAAAAAAUCUUCUGCUUUCUCUGGAGACCAUGAGGAGACCCCAGUGAAGCAGUUGUCCCUUCACAAGCAGCCCCCGGCCCUGCCUCCCAAACCCACUGCCCGGAUUGCCAACCACUUAACAGAUCCUGGCGCCCCCGUGAAAUUGCCUUGUCUGCCAGUGAAACUGUCGCCUCCGCUACCUCCAAAGAAAGUCCUGAUCUGCAUGCCUGUAGGGGGCCCAGAGCUCUCCCUGGCAUCCUACACAGCCCAGAAGAGCAGCCAGCAGGCUGUGGCCCAGCACCACCACACCGUCCUGCCAUCCCAGAUGCAGCACCAGCUGCAGUAUGGCAGCCACGGCCAGCAUCUCCCGUCCUCCACCGGCACCUUACCCAUGCACCCCUCGGGCUGCAGGAUGAUCGAUGAGCUGAACAAGACACUUGCUAUGACCAUGCAGAGGCUGGAAAGCUCCGAGCAACGCGUCCCCUGCUCCACUUCUUACCACAGCUCUGGUUUGCACUCAAGUGACGGCGUCACAAAAGCAGGACCCUUGGGCCUUCCGGAAAUAAGACAAGUGCCAACUGUUGUGAUUGAAUGUGACGACAAUAAGGAAAAUGUGCCUCAUGAACCCGACUAUGAAGACUCGUCCUGCCUGUAUGCACGGGAAGAGGAGGAAGAGGAGGAGGACGAAGAUGACGACGCCUCCUUGUACACCAGCUCACUGGCCAUGAAGGUCUGCAGGAAGGACUCCUUAGCCAUCAAACUGAGCAACAGGCCCUCCAAGCGAGAGCUAGAGGAAAAGAACAUCCUUCCCAGGCAGACGGAUGAGGAACGGCUGGAACUCAGACAACAGAUCGGCACCAAGCUCACCAGGCGGCUAAGCCAAAGACCCACUGCAGAGGAACUGGAGCAGAGGAACAUUCUGAAACCUCGGAAUGAACAAGAGGAGCAGGAGGAGAAGCGGGAAAUAAAGAGGAGGCUGACUCGCAAGCUCAGCCAAAGACCCACGGUGGAAGAACUCCGGGAGAGGAAGAUCCUUAUUCGUUUCAGUGACUAUGUGGAGGUGGCAGACGCCCAAGACUAUGACCGAAGGGCGGACAAGCCAUGGACCCGCCUCACCGCUGCAGACAAAGCUGCCAUUCGGAAGGAACUCAAUGAGUUUAAAAGUACCGAAAUGGAAGUCCACGAGUUAAGUAGACACUUAACCAGGUUUCAUCGACCUUAACAGUGGGAUUACUCUUGAGUGCUCUGCUGUCUUCAAAACAUAAAUUUCUAAGAACCAUAAGUGCUGACGUCUGUCCACUUCCCCGUCACCAUGUAAAUCCGAACUGCCUUUUUUUAAAAAAAAAAAAAGAAAAAAGAAAGAAGGAAAGAAAAAAAAGAGAGAAAAGAUAGAAGAACAAGAAAGAACGAAAGGAAAUACAACCAGGAUUCUGUGUGCAGGAACACCACGGUGAGCGCUCCUCAGAGUUGCUGGCACCACUUCUGCUACAGAAAGGUGUCCCAGCCCCCGUCAGGACAACCUGAGGAUUGUCCAGAAACUGCUUCAUCCCCUCUAUCCAGACUCAGCAAGCACCACAUUGGUUCAGUCUUCGGUGAACCGCUUCCUCACAAGGGACUGUUGGCCAGAGUCCAAAGAAGCCAAGGGCUUGGCGUGGGAAUGGCUAGGUGAAAGUCAUAAUCCAGCUGCCCUUCUAGAUUCCACCAGAUAUGUGGGCUCCAGAUGGGGCAUCAACUUUGGGGGCCCUUGAGAGGGGGAUGCUGGGAAGGGGGGAUGACCUCUCAGCCCCCACCCCCCUGACUCGCACACACAUGCACAGGCACACACAGGAAUGAACAUGUGUACACACAAA